AUGCUGAGCAACUACCACGGCCAGCGGUGCGCCUCGAACAGGUACGAGUGCAUUACGUCCCCGAUCCAGGCGAUCAGUAAGGCUAACGCCGGGGGCCAGACUGUCGGCGUGGUUGGAGUGGGAGUCGCGGGGGGCCCGAACAACAUCUCGGCCGCCGUGGAAGCAGCGCAGGCCGCAGAUGUGGUGGUCUUGGUCGUAGGCAUCGACGGUUCCCAGGAGGGAGAGGAGCACGACCGGUCCGACUGCGGGCUGCCAGGCCACCAGCCAGAGUUGGUGGAGGCCAUCUCCGCGCUUAAGAAGCCGACGGUGAUGGUGCUCAUCCACGGCGGGGCGCUGUGCCUGGGGCACUUGAAGGAGGGAGUCCCCGCGAUCGUCGACGCGUUCUACGGCGGCGAGAGUGGCUCGGAGGCGCUGGCGGCGGUGCUGUUUGGCGAGUACAACCCGUCCGGGAAGCUGCCUGUGACCAUGUACCCGCCAGAGUACAUGCAGCAGCUGCCCAUCACGCAGAUGUCGGUGAGCGCGCCACCGGGCAGGACCCACCUUUACUACACGGGCACGCCCGAGUUCCCCUUCGGGGCUGGCCUCUCCUACUCCUCGUGGGCCAUGGAGGUCGCGGAGGGCGCCCAGCGGCGGCUCGGCACCCGGAGCGGGGCGGCGUCCUUCACCGUGCGGCUCACGAACGCCGGGCCCUGGGCCGGCAGCCAGCGCGUGCUCGCGCUCGCGCGGCCGCGCGGCGCCACCGCGCCCGGCGCCCUGCGCCAGCGCAUGUGGGGCUACCAGGGCGCCCAGCUGGCGGUGGGCGAGACCGCGGAUCUCGUCUUCACGCUGCGCUCGGCGGACUUGGCCCUGAGCGAUGCCUCGGGGAACCGGGUGGUGAGCCCCGGGGAGUGGGACGUGGUCUUCUCGCACGGCGACGGGGAGGUGCUGGCGAGCGUCGUGAUGUCGGGGGCCGAGGCCGUUGUCGAGCCAAGCGUCUUCGGGAAGAGCACCGGCACUGGAACGAUCGUGGUGUAG